AUGUCUCCGAAAUCGCCAGUGUUCCUCGAAGUCGUCGACUUCGAACGCGAACCCGAAGUGCGUCGCGCCCGAUCAAACGGCUACCUAGACUACUUGGAAGAUCAAGAAAUAUGGAACAAACGCGACAAAGAGCGACAGAUGGUGCCCUAUCACCGUGGAAAACAUUACGGCGCAACUCAUCAGCGCGCAGGUUCAAAUCUGCUUGAUGUCCCUGUUCCGAUCUACGAGGUAAACCCACGCCAUCAUCGACGAGUUCGAUCAGAUGUAGGUUCCCGGAUGGAAGAUUCACCAAAACCGUUCAACAGACGGGAAGUGAGUCCGCGGCCCGAGGUUCUCAGCAAGGAAGAUGAGUCGGUGGUCGAAGAAAGAAUGCGGGCUUCGAACCACACCAAAUCGCCAGCCUUUGAGAGACCAAAGAUCAAAAUCCCGCCUGUCAUCAUCCAGAAGGAAUUACCAGAAUCAAAUGCGGCGGAUCAAAAGCCCGGAAAAAGUCCCGUCGGACGUCCCAGAUCUGCCAGCGGCCAGCCACAACUCCAAUGCAGGUACCUAGUGUUGCAGGAUAAGCUCGCUGAAAUCAGUUUGGCAUGUGUGCGCUACAUCGACGUCGAAGCAUCGAAUCCGCGCGACCUAACGUUCGAAAAGAUAUCCGAACAAGUUCAAGGCUUUGAGUUCGAUCUCCGCGUUUGGAGUAGCAUUGCGAAUAUCGAUAAGAUAGCGAGAAGAGAUAUACCAGAAGAAGCAAGAGCCAUUGCGGACGCUGCAUUACGAAACAUGGAUCGCUUGAUUGAGCGAGCGAUGGAGCUUCACGAUGCGUGCGCAAAAGCUAAACCAAACGACCUCAAGCUCAAAGAUCUACCCAGGAUCGAUGAUGAAGAGACGAUGUUCGACGAUCAGAAUCUUGAGCCAAGCCAGCAAGAUCCGACAGAAAGUAUUGGCUACAUCAUCAAAGCAAGCUUACACAGCAUCAAACUCCAGAUCAAGAGUUUGAAGCGGUUAACACGCUCUCUACAAGAAGCGACACCGGACGCUAGAGAUGAAGUGAAAGCUGUAUCCUCGUUGGUGAAAGAAGUUGAAAUGUAUUUUGGCUCGGAGGCAGCUUUGGAAAGGCAUCCAGUUGACACGAAGUUCUCAGGUAGAAGAGCAUUGGAGGAAGCAAGGUUUGCAGCUGCUCAUUGA